AUGUACCAUUUUGCAAAUACAAUUUAUUGCAGACUUCGAUGGCCUGGAGAACCAAUAAAAAAAUUAACUACCCAAGAAGAAAAAAUUCAUAAUUCAGCCAAAAAAUAUUAUAUAUAUGAAAAGCCAUUUGGAAAAGAAGAUAAACUUAAAAAAUUUAAAUUACCAAUUCAUUUCUAUAAUUUAGAAAACUAUCUAAGUCUCGAUAUUGGAAAUCAAAGAUAUAUGGAUUCAUUACAACUUAUACCUGGAUCUCUUGAUUCUCAUAUAUCUAAUUUAGGAGCUGAACUAUGUAAAGAAGAAGUAGAUAAAGAUAGAAAUUCUUUAAACUUACCAUGUAAAAAGUCUGGUCAUCUUUAUCGAAUCGACUCUAAUAGAUGCUUUGCCCAUCCAGAGAGGUUUCCAAUAACUAGAGAACAUGGACCAAAAGGAAGAGAUGAUCUAGUAUUUUGUAAAGGUAUUUUUUCAUAUGAUUGGUUUAAUAUACCAGAAAAAAUGGAUGCAACUUCUUUACCUUCUAUUGAGGAAUUUAAUA